AUGGCGCAAUACCUCUUCGAUCUCCUCUACACACUCACGGAUUGCAUGUGCUGCUUCCCUAGCUCUCCACAGCUCAAGAUCAACAAUCGCAGUUUCAAGCUGCUCCGUUUGCUGGGCGAGGGCGGCUUUUCAUACGUCUAUCUCGUGCAAGACAAAAACACAUCCGAAUUGUUCGCGCUGAAAAAGAUCCGCUGUCCAUUCGGCCAAGAAUCCGUGUCGCUCGCGCUCAAGGAAGUCGAAGCCUACAGUCUGUUUACGCCCAACCCCAACAUCAUCCGCUCCUUUGACCACUGCGUCACGACCGAGUCCGGCUCCAAGUUCCGCGGCGAUGGCGACGAUUCGAACUCCAAGACAGUGUACAUUCUGCUGCCUUACUACCAACGAGGAAAUUUGCAGGAUGCCAUCAACGCGAACCUGGUCAACCAUACCAAUUUCCCGGAGAAAGAGCUCAUGUCGCUGAUGCUGGGCGUCGCCAAGGCUCUCAAAUCCAUGCACCAGUACCGCGUCAAAACCGGGUCCGCGGGCACACGUCAAGCAAAGGCCAUUCGCCGGGAAGGCGAGCAGGCUGAUGAGGAGCUGUCGAGAAAGGUGGGAAAGCCUAAGCGAAGGAAUACACACGGUCUCGGCGAUGAUGUCGAGCAAGAACCUUUGAUGGACGAUGAGGUGACUGCUAGCCAGGAGGGUGUCGGCGAGGGAGAUUUCCGACCUUAUGCGCACCGAGAUAUCAAACCAGGCAACAUUAUGAUCGACGACGACGGUAGAACGCCCAUCCUCAUGGAUCUAGGUUCCCUGGCCCCGAGUCCGAUUGCCAUCAGCUCGCGAUCCCUCGCAAUCGCAGUGCAAGACACGGCCGCCGAGCACAGCACAAUGCCAUACCGAGCACCCGAAUUGUUUGACGUCAAGACGGGAUCAAUUAUCGACACCAAGGUUGACAUCUGGUCUCUCGGCUGCACUUUGUAUGCAUGCCUAGUCGGCAAAAGCCCCUUUGAAGCCCGAAGCGAGGAAACCGGAGGCAGCUUGAGCAUGUGCGUACUCGGAGGCGACUGGAGAUUCCCGGACGAAGCAUCAAACACUGCCAAGGGCAAAGCAAGGGUGAACACGCAAGACGGCGCCUCGUCGUCUCAGAGCAGCAAUAGCCAGGGAGGGAUCAGCGAGCCCAUCAAGGAGAUUGUGAGAAAAUGUCUGCAGGUUGAGCCGGCAGACCGGCCGGAUAUUGAUGAGCUGAUUACGCUUAUUGGCAAUGUUCUCACAGUACUCCCUGAGGGAUCUGAUUAG